AUGUUCACAGUUAAUAACUAUUCUUAUUGUAAUAUUUAUUCCGAUUGUAAUAGCGAUGAUGAACCUACAGCGGCUGCAAUUGCAUAUGGUCUUGAUAAUUCCGAAGGGGAGCGUCAUAUUCUUGUCUAUGAUCUUGGUGGUGGUGUCUUUGAUGUUUCUCUCUUGUUAAUCGAAGAUUAUGAUUUUAUUGACCACUCCGUUAAACUUUAUAAAAUGAAAAAUAAGGUAGAUGUUUCACAAGAUUUAAAAGCUAUGGGUAAAUUAAGCGAACAUUAUCUUCUCAAAUGUCAACUCGUAUCGAAAUUAAAUCAUUUCAUGAUGGUAAAUAUUUUUCCGAAAUUUGAAGAACUUAAUGAUCUCUUCCGUAAAACAUUAAAGCUCGUUGAACAAGUGUUGAAAGAUGCAAAUAUUGAUAAGACGGAUAUUGUACUCGGUGGCUCCACACGCCUAAGUCACGUGAUUUCACCUGAUUAUUUUGAUUCUUCUAAAUCUUCAAAUUAA